AUGUCAUCAACAAAGUCUGAAGCGGUUGAACUGUCAGUCGAUCACCUACGUCACACCACCGAUUUACAAAUCUCCCCCAAUGGCAAAGUGGUUUCUAGCAACAUAUAUUCGAGACGUUUGGUCUCGUCUAUCCUAUCUGAAAGCAAGCAUUACGUCAGUAUACGGUGCAAUAAUGAAUCACACCCAUUGUAUGGAACCUUUAUGUCUGAAAUUUUGGGCGCCAUAUUUGAAUGGGACGCAUUCGUCGUCAAUCUUUUACGAGAUGCAAAGCGUGCUGAAUUGAAAUUGGCUGGAAAACCAAACCCAUCUACGGAAACUGUUGAAAAGGCCGUCACCAAAACAGAACUAGCCCGCCACUGCCGUAGAAAGACGAGAGGAACGGAGGUUACAAUUCGUUUGCUGGACCAACUUCGCUCAUCCUUCACUGGAAUAACAGAUAGUAUUGGAGUGCCGCUUUUAAAAGAAGACGCUAUUGAUAUUUUUGAAACUGAAAAACGGCACGUGAAUUGCAUUCAAGAUCCCGAUGAAGUCCAGUUAUACACAAAAACUGGCGAACUUGUCAAAGGUGGAAUAACCCUUCAGGUCUACAGAUGCUCUAGAGGGACGACAUCACUCGAGAGUUUCCAUAGCCAUAUCAAAAACUUUAUUCCAGGAAACGCUGCUAAUGAUUUCCAUUUUCAAGCUUUUCUUUUGGAUGGCAUUGCCAGAUGGGACUUAGCGAGAUCUUCAUCAUCCAUCGAGCCCACUUCCAGGCUCCGAUUUUUUUACCGGAAAUUGCAAGAAAAGAUCAAUCGCUUAUCCACUGGCGUUUUGGGAAUAGCUGCUGAUCCGCUGUUCACUCCACUGUCGGUAUAUACCGGAGAACUUUUCGGGGUAGAGUAUUAGUACAACGAAAAAGGGA